AUGAAUCUCAUUGUUACUCGAAUUAGUGAAUAUUUUGACGAGGAGUCCUGUGACUAUCCAUUAAUGAUGACCUCUCCGCAGUGGAAGCGCUUCCGAAGUAAUCUUGGAGACUUUGUUACAUUAUUUGUUUGUCGUUGUAAAAAUAAUAUUCUCUUUGAUGUUACUCUUAUGGAUAGUCUUAUUCAAUUACUCGCUAGUCUUUCUUCGAAUGCUAUUCGUGCCUUCAGACACACUGCUACCUUUGUUGCAAUGAAGCUUUCUAGCGCCAUUGUAGAUGUUGUUGUUGAUCUGGAAAGUCUCCGCGAAAAGAACUCUAUGCAGGUGGAAACGGAAAAAUCAAAAUUAUCACAGACUGGAGCAAAUGAGCGCAUGGAGUUAUUGUUACAGGCUCGAGCAGAUUUUGAUUCAAAAAUUGAAGAAUUAUCUGCAAUGACACAGUACUUGUUUCGUUCAGUUUUUGCACUGCGAUAUAGGGAUAUCGUUCCAGAUAUUCGUAUUAUUUGUCUUAUCGAGCUUGGUAAUUGGAUGCAGGCCCAUCCUGCUUUAUUUUUGAAUGAUAGCUACCUUAAAUAUUACGGAUGGUGUAUGUCUGACAAGGUUUCAGAAGUGCGAUUAUGCUGUCUUAAUACAUUGUUGCCUUUGUACGAGAAUGUGGAGGUGAUUGGGCGAUUAGAGCUUUUUACAAAUAAAUUCAUUAAUCGUCUUGUCAGUAUGGUGAGAGAUACUGAAAUUGAAGCUGCUACAAAAGCUUGCCAGCUUUUAACAUUAAUUUAUCGUGUGUUUCCUGGAAUUUUCACGCAGCAAAACUGUGCUCUAGUUUAUGAAAUGGUAUUUUGUAAUAAUCGGCAAUUAGCCGUUUCUGCUGCUGGUUUUGUUAAUGAAAAGCUUUUUGCUCCGUCUCAUUCAUCAAGUGAUAUGGAGUUGGAAUGGCAUUCACAACAAUUUGAACUUAUUAAGCAACUUGUGACAUUUUACAAGGAUGGUGGAGUUCAUACACAUCCUGCUUAUUUGGUUGAUUCUUUUAUCGAUAUUUGUCCCAUGUUGCGUGAUUGGGGUUCGAUGGUCGGCAUUCUACUUGAUAAUGAAACUUAUAAUGACGAUGGUCGUUUAAUCGCAAUAAUGAGUACGGCUGUGAGACAAGCUGCUACCGGUGAACAUCCACCUAACCGAAUUGUAGUUUCAAUUCGAAGAGGACCUGGUGCUGGAACAGAGAAGAAAGAUCUUCGGCUCUUGCAGGAAGAACGUAUUCGAAUUUCUGAAGUGUUUAUUCCCACUCUUCCUCGUUUAUUGUCAAAGUUUAUUGCUGACGAAGAAAAGGGCCUUAAUGAAUUUAUGCAACAUAUUGGACGAAUAGUUGAACAAUAUUCAAGUGAUGAUGUUUUGAAGAAAGUGUCUGAAAUCUUCCAAUUCAUCUCAAAGAAUACGGCAAUAGCUCAAUUUACUGAAACAACUCGUGUUCGUAUCAUUGAUGGAGUUGCCAAUCAAUUACGAUUGCAAAUUCAACAACACAUUCAGCAAUACAACAAUGUCGAACGACGAGACAGCAACGAGCAGGAACGCGAAGAGGAAGAAGCAUCUCUGUUAUCAAACUAUCGGCGUAUGGUUGCAUUUACAGCAUCAAUUGACAUUCCAGCAAAAUGGGAUUUGUUUGAUUUGACUUUUUCACUACUUAAUGGACCAUUAUUGAAGCCUGACUUGUCGGAUAAGGCCAUCUUGCUUUGUUAUCAGUCACUAAUGUGGGAUGCGAAAAAACUUGCCACAAACACUGUAGAAUUGAAGGAGAAUUAUAUCGAAUUUAUACGCAAGAGAAGGGAUCAAUUUAUUAGGGGUGCAUCAUUAAUUCUGAGGGAUCAAGUUUACGGUGUUAUUAAUGCUUUCUCAUGUCUUUGUGACGUUCUGUUAAUGUACAACUGGAAAAUGGCGUGUGAAUAUGAACCCGAGCAUCCUGCACAUUCGUUGGCCAUUAAGCUUGAUAAAGAAACAAUCAUUCGCCUCUCUUCUUUUGUUUUAGACAAUGUUUUUUAUGGGCGCGAAGAUACUAUGGAUGAAGGUAAUUUACAAAUUCUUGCGUUGUCACAACGACGUAAAAUCCUUGCUCAUUAUGUCAAAUUAAUUACUUAUGGUCUCAUUCCAAUUAUUGAAAUUUCACCACUUAUUCGCAACUUUAUUAAGUAUUAUACUGACUUUGGUGAUAUUUUCAAACAUCUCUUGUCAAAAUGUCGAGAAUUAGAUAAGGUGAUGACUGCAAAAGCUAUUGUCCACUCCUUGGCUUAUUUGUUUGACGAAUUUAAGGAAGCCUUUGAACAAGAUGCUAACGACUUUCAAUCGCUGAGAGAAUUAGGCAAGAAGUUAGCACUCUCAUUUGGCGUUGACAAUAUCAAAAAUCGUGAAGCUCUUGCAACAAUUCAUCAUGUUUGUUAA